CUCUCUCUCUCUCUUCUCUCAACUACUCCAACCACUACCUCCUCAGUACAGACUACACAACCUCAUACCUACAUCCCUCAAUCCUACUCAGGUAGUCAGGACUUCACAAAUGCUCCUCCGCACCUCCCGCUUCGCCUCCGCUGCACGCCCCAGCUCCAGCCUCACCCGCCUCUUCUCCACAACACCCUCCAGAAUGGCCUCCUCAACCCCGAUGGAAGAUAUCAUGCGCGAGAAGAUCAACACGGCACUUACGCCCUCGAACCUCAUCAUCCGCAAUGACUCCCACCUCCACGCGCAUCACUCUGCUAUGCGGGGUGUUACCUCUAGGGAGACGCAUUUUCAUGUAACAAUAACCUCCCCCGCUUUCCAAUCGAAAAUGCAACCCGCGCGACACCGUCUCGUCUACGCAUUACUCAAGGAGGAGAUGGCUCAGGAAGGGGGCAUCCAUGCGUUGCAGCUGAAGACGAGGACGCCGGAGGAGGAGGAGCGGGAGAAGCAGAGGCAGCGUGAGGGUUCUUCUUCGUAGAAUAUUAUGUUCUUUCUUCUGUUUUCUUAUUCUACUUGGUUUGGGCUGUGUAUCUUGAAUAUAUUAAAGGGGUAUGAUAAGUACGACUGAUACAUGAAUACUGGGUCAAUCAGCAUUAUGAUAGAUUAAGCAUAUUAAUAAUUCUAGCGCCAAA